AUGUGCUUCAAAGCCUUAUCCAUCCCAAUAGCAAGCGUGGAUCUUGACGGUUGGAGAAACGGUAGCAACUUCCCCUUCAUCAAUCGCAGCGAUGAAAUCUCGCGGAUUCGUUCGAUGGUGGUGGCUCUGGUGGACAGCUUGCAUACUGCAGCGUCUGAAAGGCAGGAGGAUGACUCAAAUUCGGUGGUUCGCCAUGCUGUAGAUUGCGUGAGACCUCAUGUGCAGCGCAUGCUUGAACGCAACCUCGACCCACACAGCUUCAAUGUGUGUCCCGAAUUGGUUGAUCUCCUACUCAAUGACCACGCCAGUGAUGAGGCUGUUGACAACAUUCCAGAGCGCGAUGUGGUGGCGUGGGGGACGUCGCUUGCGGUGCCCCUUGGUGUGGCACCUCUGGACUUGCGUAGGAGUUUACACAACUUCUUAGCGGUGUGUUUUUUAGUAGCGUAA